AUGUACCACAAGAAAGCCCUGCUGGUCGUCGUCCCGGAAAGCGUGGCGGCCAUGUACGACAAGUUCGACAGGUUCAGCCAGGAUUUCGACCAGAUGAAGAACAAGGAGGCGCUGCGGGAAAUGUUCCAAAACUCCGACUUCGACGCGAGAUCCUGCUUCAGUGCGGGAACGUGCUGAUGGACCACAUCAACAGCACGGACCAGGCUUCCAUAUGCGAGGCCUUCCGGGUCCACGCCAAUUGCAUCAGUGAGACGGUCCUGAGCGCGCUGAAUGACUCCGUGAACUGUGACGUGGACGCCGUGCGGGAGUACGAGACGGCGCUCAUGGAGAUCGUGCUCUUCUACGAGUCUCUCGGCAUCUGUUCCGCGGAGUUCGAGCAGCAGCUGGACGAAGAAGCAUCGUCUGAAGAGAGGGAAGCGAAGGAGCUGAUCGACGUGGUAGGAGACAUGAUGGAAGAACAGAGAGAGGAGGAAGAAGAGAUGGAGGAGGAGGAGGAGGGAUGGAUGGGGAGCGAGGAGGAACUGGAAGAGGAAGGUGACGAGAACGACGGAGAGGCAGCUGCGAUUCAACUGAUCGAGGAACAGCUGGAUGCGCUGGAGGGGAGAUGGCAGGAACUGCACAGGCAGCUCGCGCUGGUGCAGAACGCCUCCGCUGAACUACCGGAUAAUCGCACCGCGGAAGAGGUGGAACGGGAACUCGAGGAAGAACUGACGGAAAUAGCGGUGCAGGAGGACGAGCUGCUGAGGGAAGAGGAUGAGAUCACGUCUGGUGGUGAGGUGACCGAAGAUGGGAUGGACGGACAAAUGGUACCAGGAGGAUCGGAGGAACUCGAGUCGGAUGAAGAAGAAGAGGAAGAAGAUGAUGCAAGACGUCAGAUGGUACAUGAAGAGUUGGCAGCUCUCGAGCAAAGACGAGAGGAACUGGAGAUGCGGCUCGAGCAGCUGCUGAACGCCUCGGCCGACAUUCCCGAAACCGGCACCGAAGAAUUCCAAGAAACGGUGGAGGAACUGGAGCAGGAGCUUUCCGACGUAGUGCAAGAAGAGGACCAGAUACUGAGAGAAGAGGACAGCUCGAUGGAAGGACAGGACGACGUAGAGUCAAUGGAGAUACGAGAGAUCGAACAACAGAUCGUCACCCUGGACGCGAGAAGGGAGGAAAUAGAGAGACAGCUUGAACAGAUGCUGAACGCCUCGGUUGAGAUACCGGAGAAUCGUACAGAAGAGUUUAGGGAAGAGGUGGAGGAACUUGAGCAGGAACUAGCGGAAGUCGUGGACGAGGAGGACCAACUGAUAAGGGAAGAGGACGCAAUCAUGUCGGGUGACGAGGGUCCCGGAGUGGACAUGGACGACCAGGCGUUACGGGAAGAAUUGGAGGCAUUGGAGCAAAGGCGGGAAAGGCUUGAAAGGCAUCUGGAGCGGAUGCUGGACGCCUUGCCACAGGUUCCAGAAAACGGUACCCGAGAAUACGAGCAGGCAGUCGAGGAGCUUGAAGAAGAACUCGCAGAAGUGGUGCAAGAAGAGGACGACAUCCUGAGAGAGGGAGGCGACAUGCAACCGGAUGACGUAGACGACGAGAGGGAGAUGGAGAUACGGGAAAUCGAACAACAGAUCGACGCCCUGGAGGCGAGAAGGGAGGAGCUGGAAAUGCAGCUGGAGCAGAUGUCAAAUGCCUAG